AUGGGUAAAAGCAAGAAGAGAACUGUAAAGGUUAUUGACCCAGAUGCUCCCCUUGAGUAUAAAGGAUCCCCUAUAGAAGAAUGUGUACAUAAUAAGAGUACAAGAGCUAUAUCUUUAGUACAUGCUGUUAUUGAAUCGUUUGGAAAGAAUAUUCAAUGUUUUAGGAAUUUAAUAAUUUGUUCAUAUAAGUAUAGAAGAAUGUUACGAAUAACUGCCAAUAAAUUCGAUGAAAUUCAUGAUAUGUUAAAAGCAGUUAUAUACCAAAUAUUGAAUAAUUUCAUUUUAAGAUUUACCAUAUUUAAUGUUUUUUGGCUUAGAAAAUGGGCUGAAGAUAGUUAUCGUUUAACUGGAUCAUUUGGAAAAUUUUCUUUUAAUAUUACAAAGAAUACAAUAUCAUUGUUUCUUGAUAUGUAUAAGCAAUUAAAGGAUAUUUCUAAUGUACAUAUGCCUGAUUUAGUUAAGAAAGUAUAUUGUUUAGAUGAUAAAUAUAAAGCCCAAGCUGUUGAAUGUUCUGAGGAAGUUAAUGCAGAAAGUGUUGUUUACAGAUAUAGUUUAAUUGAGUUAAUUGAAUUAGAUUUCUAUGAAUAUUACAAGGAAAAUUUUUAUUUGUAUAAUACCAUAUGGCCUGUUGAAAUCAGAAACAAAUCUCCUGAUUUAACAACUGAUAGUAAAGGUAGAGUUGUGAUUCCUUGGAUUGUUUUUGGAAAUUCCUUUAAUUUCUAUUUAUUUGUUUUCAAUAUCUUGACGUUUUUUCAAUGGUUUGUAUUUGAAGUAAAAAGUUUUUUAGUUCAUGUAUCAGGUUUAAUCAAGUGGUUGAAUAUCAUUGAAAAUAAACAAGUUACUAUAAGAUAUAUGUUUUGUGCGUAUUCCUUGAAAAACGUAGCUGCAGAUGUUAAAGAAGGAAUAGUUUUCAUUGGAAAUAAGGUUUCUCAGAUUGUUGAAAAAAGGCUUCCUUGCCUUCCACGCAUACAAAACGUUGCAUGUAAAAUACUUGAUAUUGAUAUGAAUGUACAGAAGGUUCAGAAGAAAGUUGAAGAAAAUAUCGAACCAAAAAUUGAACCAAAAAUUGAACGAAAAGUUGAAAUCAAAGUUGAAAUCAAAGUUGAAAAGAAAGUUGAAAAGAAAGUUGAAAUGAAAGCUGAAAUCAAAGCUGAAAAUGUUUUAAUGGAAGAUAUUGUUAAGGAUUGGAGACUUUCCCUAUACGAUAAGAGUAAAAUUAUUGCUUUACUUGCAUUGUUAUAUAAUGAAAAUGAGAGUAGUAGUGAUGAAUAUUUAGAUGUAAAUAGAGAUCGAAUUAUUGACUUGUUGUUUUUUCUUUAUAAGAAUUGUAUUGAAAAGAAAGAUUUAGAACUCUCUGUUAGGUCAAAAAUCACUGAUAUUUUAUGUUUGCUGUAUGAAGUAGAUUCUACUGUUUCUGAAGAUGAUAAGUUGAUAAGAAAAUAUGUUAUAGAAAUUCUUUCUGUUCUUCUUAAAAAGAAAUAUAAGAAUGAACCCUUUUUUAAGAUUAAAAGAAAAAAAGUUAUUGACUUAAUAUAUUUCUUCUUCGUCACAAAGGAUAAAAAAGCUGAAGUUUCGGAUGUGAACAAAAUGAUGAUUGAAAAGAACAGUGGAAAAUCAUUUGGAACUAUUAUUGAAAUCUUGGAACAAAGAUUGAAUGAUAUUAAUCCUAAUGUAAAAAUGGUGAAUGAGAAGAAAAAUGAAAACUUGCUCAGUGUUGAUGAUGAUAUGGUUACUGAUAUUCCUAAAGAGGAAGAAAUCAAAGAACUUGAAGCAGUAGUCCAGAUUAAGGAAAAUGAGUUAAUUGAAGCAGUUGAAACAGCUAAAAUAGCUAAAUUGGAUGAAACAGCUAAAAUAGCUAAAUUGGAUGAUACAGCUAAAAUAGCUAAAUUGGUUGAAACAGCUAAAAUAGCUAAAGUGGAUGAAACAGCUAAAAUAGCUAAAGUAGUUGAAGAAGUUGAAAUAGCUAAAGUAGUUGAAGAAGCUGAAAUAGCUAAAGUAGUUGAAGAAGUUGAAAUAGCUAAAGUAGUUGAAGAAGCUGAAAUAGCUAAAGUAGUUGAAGAAGUUGAAAUAGCUAAUACAUGCAAAGUUCCACCUAAACCUGUUGUUCCAAAAUCAAAGAAAAAGAAAAGAAGAUUGAAGAAAAGCCAGAAUAUAACUAAAAGCCAAUGCUUAUUUAGUGAUGGAGAAAUAGUUAAUAAUGAUUCUUCUGACAUCAGUGUAAAGGUUAAUAGUAAGAAAAACGUUGCUGCAAUUAUUAGUAAGAAAAAUGUUGUUCCUGAAGCCUCAUCACAAAUAAAUGAUAAGGAUAAAGCUGAUGACUUAAUUAAAACUGUUAUUAAGAAAAAAGUUAUUCACGAUGAUUCUUCAGAAGAGAGCGAAAAAGAAGUUAUUGUCAAGCAAGUUGUUAAGAAUGAAGUUGUUAGGAAUGAAGCUGUUGAAAAUAAUGUUGUUGAAAGUAAAGUUGUUGAAAGUAAAGUUGUUGAAAAUAAUGUUGUUGAAAAUAAUGUUGUUGAAAAUAAUGUUGUUGAAAAUAAUGUUGUUGAAAAUAAUGUUGUUGAUAAUGAAGACACCGAUUAUCCUUGUUAUCCUGCAGAUAAAAAGUUAAUUAUUUAUUAUGAAGUUGAUAAUGAGGUUGUUGAAAAUGAAGACAAAUGUUUAUGUUUAGAUGAUAACGUUGUUGCUGUAAAUGAAGAUGCUGAUUAUCCUUGUUAUCCUGAAGAUAAAAAGUUAAUUAUUUAUUAUGAAGUUGAUAAUGAAGACAAAUGUUUAUGUUUAGAUGAUAACGUUGUUGCUGUAAAUGAAGAUGAGGAUUAUCCUUGUUAUCCUGCAGACAAAAAGUUAAUUAUUUAUUAUGAAGUUGAUAACGAGGUUGUUGAAAAUGAAGACAAAUGCUUAUGUUUAGAUGAUAAAGUUGUUGAUGAUUAUGAAGAUAUUUAUUAUCCUUGUUAUACUGAAGACCAAGAAAUAAUUAUUUAUUAUGAAGUUGAUAAUGAGGUUGUUGAAAAUGAAGAUAAAUGUUUAACUUUAGAUGAUAAGGUUGUUGAUGAUUAUGAAGAUAUUUAUUAUCCUUGUUAUACUGAAGACCAAGAAAUAAUUAUUUAUUAUGAAGUGGAUGAUGAAGUUGUUGUAAAUGAAGAAAUAUGUUCUACUUCAGACAAAAACGUUGUUGCAACCAGUGUGGUUGAUUGUGAACAGGUUGUCAAUAAAGACAAAUGUUCUUCAUCAGAAAAAAACGUUGUUGCAACCAGUGUGGUUGAUUGUGAACAGGUUGUUAGUAAAGACAAAUGUUCUUCAUCAGACAAACAUGUUGUUACAACCAAUGUGGUUGAUUGUGAACAGGUUGUUAGUAAAGAGACAUGUUCUACUUCUGAAUCAAAGGUCGACAUUACCAAAGAAUUUGAUAGUGCACGGGUUGUUAAUGAUAAGAUAUGUUCACCCGUUGUUGAAAAGGUCGAUGAAAAAAUGACGAAGUUGAAUAGUGCACUCAAAGCUGAUAAAAAUAUUUCUCCAUCUAAGGAUGAGAAAAUCGUUGAUGAAGUUGUAAACAAGAAUUCUAACAAUGUUGAUAAUCCUUCAGUUAAGACACCGAAAAAAGUUACUUUUAUUGAUACAUUGAAACAAAGUAAAAAUGGAAUUAAAGAGAAAUUAUGUUCAUUUGUUAAUAAGAAUAUUUUAAGGAGAACACCAAUGAAGAAGAAAGUCAUAAGUGAUAGCAGUAGUGAUAACAGUGAUUGUAAUCUUAGUGUUCAUAGUAGUACUAGUGAUAAUGAGACGUUGUUUGAUUAUAGGAAAAAACUUAUUGAAGAUAUUCUUGAAAAUGAAGAGAAUGAAGCUGUUAAUAAUAAUUCGUCUUGUGAUUAUAAAGAAAAGGUUAUUAAGGCAAUGUUAGGUAGAGUAAAAGAAAAAGAAAUUAAAGAGGAUAUUAAUAUAUGUAAUGAUGUGUCUAAAACUGAAGUAGCAGUGAGUAAUAAUAAUUCAGUUAAGCCAGAUGUAGUUUUUGAAGUACCUUCUACUCCACAAUUGCCUAUAAUUAAUCCUGAAGAUAUUAAUAGUAAUUUGAAUGCUGAAAAUUCGGUAUCAUUUAUUGAGAAUGAACCAGUUGUUAAUGUUGCUCCUUCUUUUUGUGUUCAAUCAGUUGAAAAACCAGUAUCAUUUAUUGAGAAUAAACCGGUUGUUAAUGUUGCUCCUUCUUUUUGUGUUCAAUCAGUUGAAAAACCAGUAUCAUUUAUUGAGAAUAAACCGGUUGUUAAUGUUGCUCCUUCUUUUUGUGUUCAAUCAGUUGAAAAACCAGUAUCAUUUAUUGAGAAUCAACCGGUUGUUAAUGUUGCUCCUUCCUUUUUUGUUCAAUCAGUUGAAAAACCAGUAUCAUUUAUUGAGAAUGAACCGGUUGUUAAUGUUGUUCCUUCUUUUUUUGUUCAACCAGUUGAAUCCUCUCCAGAGCGAAAUUGUUUUACGAAAAAUAAAAGGAAAUGGUUGCGUAGAAGAAAAUGCAGAAAUGCAUACAAAAUAGUUACGAAAUGUUUCGUUAAAAAAUGUAGAUCGAAAAAAGGUAGAAGAAGAGAAAAAAGAAGAAGAAUAAGAAGAAUAAGAAGAAGAAACCUUCGAAUAUGGGUGAAAGAUAAAAGGGGAAAUGUCUUUAAGAAGAAAAAGGUUUCUAUGGUCAAUUCUCCAGUGGUUCCAUCUUCGUUUAUUAUGUCCCAGAAAAUGUUGGAUGCUGAAUUGAAAGCAAAAAUUGAACUUGAAAAUUUUUCACAGCAUCAAAAGCAGUUAGCUCAUGAAAAAGUAUUAGAAGAAGAGAGGAAAUUAGCUGAACAAAUAAGAAUUCAAAAUGAAAUGAAGUUAGAAGAAGAAAGAAAGUUGGAGUAUAUGAGACAAUUAGAACUUGAACGAAAAAUUCAAUAUGAAAAGGAGUUAGAAGAAGUUAGAAGAAUUGAACGUCAAAAUGAAUUAGAAUGGAAAAGAAGAAUAGAGAAUUCUAAAAUGUUUAUAAAACAGCAGAUUAAUAUAAAUAAGGAAAACGUUGUUGUUCAAGAUAAUGUUGUUAUAUCUGAGAAUAUUAUUAACGAGGAGAAUGUUGUUGUGUCAAAUAAUGUUGUUAUAACUAAGAAUAUUAUUAACGAGGAGAAUGUUGUUGUUCCAGAGAAUAAUUUUAUUCCUGAAAAUGUUGUUACAGAGAAUAAUUAUAUCUCUGAAAAUGUCGUUGUGUCGGAGAAUAAUAUUAUUCCUGAAAAUGUUGUUGUAUCAGAGAAUAUUAUUAUUCCUGAAAAUGUUGUUGUUCCAGAGAAUAAUUAUAUCUCUGAAAAUGUUGUUGUGUCUGAGAAUAAUAUUAUUCCUGAGAAUAUUAUUAACGAGGACAAUGUUGUUGUAUCAGAGAAUAUCAUUAUUCCUGAAAAUGUUGUUGUGUCUGAGAAUAAUAUUAUUCCUGAGAAUAUUAUUAACGAGGACAAUGUUGUUGUAUCAGAGAAUAUCAUUAUUCCUGAAAAUGUUGUUGUUCCAGAGAAUAAUUUUAUCUCUGAAAAUGUCGUUGUGUCGGAGAAUAAUAUUAUUCCUGAAAAUGUUGUUGUUCCAGAGAAUAAUUAUAUCUCUGAAAAUGUUGUUGUGUCUGAGAAUAUUAUUAUUCCUGAGAAUAUUAUUAACGAGGAGAAUUUUGUUGUAUCAGAGAAUAUUAUUAUUCCUGAAAAUGUAGUUGUGUCGGAGAAUAAUAUUAUUUUUGAGAAUAUUAUUAACGAGGAGAAUGUUGUAUCAGAGAAUAAUUUUAUUCCUGAAAAUGUUGUUGUGUCAGAGAAUAAUUAUAUCCCUGACAAUGUUGUUGUUCCAGAGAAUAUUGUUGUGUCAGAGACCAAUAUUUUUCCCGAAAAUGUUGUUGUGUCGGAGAAUAAUAUUAUUCCUGAAACUUUUGUUGUACCAGAGAUUAAUUAUAUCGCUGAGAAUGUUGUUAUGUCGGAGAAUAAUUAUAUCCCCGAAAAUGUUGUUGUUCCAGAGAAUAAUUAUAUCCCAGAAAAUGUUGUUGUGUUGGAGAAUAAUUAUUUCCCUGAGAAUGUUGUUGUUCCAGAGAAUAAUAUUAUUCCUGAAAAUUUUGUUGUUCCAGAGAAUAAUUAUUUCCCUGAGAAUGUUGUUGUGUCGGAGAAUAAUUAUAUCCCCGAAAAUGUUGUUGUACCAGAGAUUAAUUUUAUCCCUGAAAAUGUUGUUGUUCCAGAGAAUAAUUAUAUCCCUGAAAAUGUUGUUGUUCCAGAGAAUAAUUAUAUCCCUGAAAAUGUUGUUGUACCAGAGAUUAAUUUUAUCCCUGAAAAUGUUGUUGUUCCAGAGAAUAAUUAUAUCCCUGAAAAUGUUGUUGUUCCAGAGAAUAAUUAUAUCCCUGAAAAUGUUGUUGUACCAGAGAUUAAUUUUAUCCCUGAAAAUGUUGUUGUUCCAGAGAAUAAUUAUAUCCCUGAAAAUGUUGUUAUGUCUGAGAAUAUUACAAACUUGGAGAAUAACACCAAUACGGAGAAUUAUGCUGUUAGAUCUGAUGAUGAUAUUAAUGAAAAAUAUGUUAGUCCACCUGACGAUAUGAAUGAAAGGAACUUUUUUAAAAGAGAAUGUGAUGAGGAUUAUCAAAAGAUUUUCAAUGAACAACCAGGUACUUGUGCAAAUGAUGAGAACACUCCUGUAUAUUUUAAUGAUGAGAAUAGUAUGUAUCAACAGAAUGUUCUUAAUGAAGAAAAGAUUACGAAAGAAGACGUCGAACUUAAUAAUCCUUGUGUAGAUGAUCAGAACAAUGCUAAAGGAGAGAAUCUUUUUACCAAUCAGUUCGUGAAUGAAGCAUCACAUAAUAAUCAAGUAAAUGCUGAGGUGAACAACACUGGUGAUGGUGGUGCUGUUAAUGUAGAAGCUGAGAAAAAUGUACCAACAGGAAUAGAUGAUUUCGUUAAUGCUGAUGAAUUUGAUACUGAAUCUCAAGUAUCAGAAGUGAAUCCUAAUGAGAAUAUAACAGAUUCAAGUAAGGAAAGUUCUGAUAGCGAUGCUUCAUGUACUACAUAUGGUGAAAAUCAAAGGAAUAGAGAUGAUGAAAGAAGUUUUGAUGAAGACUAUGCUUCUGCUAGUGUAACAAGAUCAUCGUGUAGUUAUGAAGAAGAAUUUGUUGAUAUUGACAAUAGUGAUAUUGAAUAUUCUAUAAUGUUUCCAAAUAGAAAGAGAGUAGAAUAUCAUCCGUAUUACGCUGAUAUGUUAAAUAAUAUGCCAUUUCCUGACACAUAUAUGAUUCCUAAUCCAAAUGAAUUUACUGAGCAUGAGGAUUAUACAAAGUUGAAGAUUAACUAUCCUGUAAUGGAUACAUUAGAUAAAAUAAGAUCCUAUUUAAAAGAAAAGGAUGCAAUCAUAAGUUACAAAUGGAAAGAAACCAAAGGAUUUUUGUUUCAAGCAGUAAAGUUUUUUAAAGCUUUGAAAGAUCGUGUUAAAAAGAAGUUUAAGUAUUCUCCAAGAGUCAGUACAUAUCAUUAUUAUGCGACUAGAAUAUAUGAGCUUAUGUCUACGUUAAGUUUUUCUACAUGCAAGAAAGUAUAUAUGUAUUUGGAUGAUGUGAAGCCUCAUGUAUUAAAUGAAUUAGCACGAGAUGAUUUCAUAGAACAAAAUAAUACAAGAAAUUUAUCUUUUGAAAUAAGGAAGAGUGAGAAAUUAACAACGAAGGCAAUACGUCUACAUUUCUUAAUAUGUGUAGAUUAUUUGAUUGAAAGUAUGACUAUUAUUAUGGAUGAAGAUAAUCAGAAGGCAUUAGAUAAAUAUAAGAAAUCUUAUUUUAAUAGACUUGGUAAAAUCGUACCAGUUUAUGACAUGAAACAUCCAUGUAUUUUGGAUCUUGAAAAACUUCUAAAAGGAUUAUCUGUUUUAUGUUUUAGAUUAGAUGAAGCGAAGUUAUUUAUUAGGUAUUGUGAUUAUGAUAUGGAUAGAAUAAUAAGGGGUUCAACUUCUCAUUUGAAUUGUUUUAAUUUGAUUGUACGUCAUUGGGCUUUUCGAUUGGAAAGAGUUUGUACAGAUUCAGGUAAAGCAUGGGAAUUGCCUAAUGAAUUAUUUCCAGAGUUACAUAAAGAAUCAAUGAUUAUUAAUGAGGCAAGAGUUGAUAAAACUCUGAGAAGACUGAAACCACCUGUUGAUGACAAGUUAAUAAUUGACGUUUUAUUAAAGUAUAAGGCUGCUAUAGAGAAUGGUACCUUGCGUCCUUAUGAUGAAAGAUGUAUUAGACAUCCUAAGGCUAUGUUCAGAGUUUAUUUAUGUACUAAACUAUUAUAUGAUAAAAUAUGUGAAGAAUUGGCAUUAUACAAUGUUGAAAUAAUAAUAAAUAAUGAUUUGUUUGAAGUUAUAUGUUCUAAGCAUUUUGGUGUACUUCACUCAUGGGAAAGAAUAGAGAAGUUGAAUAAAGAAAUAAAUGAGUGGAAUAUAUAUAACUUACCUUUAUUAGAAGAAGUACCGAAUUUAUAUUUGGACGUGUUUAAGAGAAAUUCUGACGAUGAAGAGCCAAGAUAUGAAGCUUUUGAUAGACUUAUGGAAGUGCACUUAGAAGCAACUAGAAAGGAAACAGAACAGAAUUAUGCUAACUAUCUUGCUAAAUGUGAAGGCGUUGAAUUUGUAGAAAAUAACGAGGAAAAUAAUAAUAUUUCUAAAGUCGAAGAAGUCAUAUCAAAUGUGGAACAUGUACAAGUACAAGAGGACGUUUCAAAUGUGGAACAAGUACAAGUACAAGAGGAAGUUUCAAAUGUGGAACAAGUACAAGAGGAAGUUUCAAAUGUAGAGAAUAUACCAUUGAAUGAGGAAAAGAUAAAAGUUGAAUUUUGUAGUGAUGUAUAUGAAGCAAAAGAAUUAACACUUGAAGAACCAUUAGUUGAAAAUGUACAAACUGAUGAGACCAAAGAAAAUAGUAAUUUAUUUAAAAAUUUACAUGCAUUUUUACAAAAAGAAUUAGAUGAAAGUGUUAAAAAUGUACAAACGAAUAAUAAUAAUUCAUUACAACCACAACAACCAUUAUUUAAUAAUAAUUUGACUCAGACAAUUUCUCCAGUACCUGAGACUUUAGAAUGUUCAGAAAAUUAUUCACACUUACAUGAACGUCCAAUAUAUGGAAUUCCAGAACUUGGUUUUCAAACAAGCAAGAUCAGUUCUUUGCUAUCCAAAAAUGUCCAAUGUAAUACUAUCCCAUCGAACAAUUUGGAGAUGAGCAAGACACAAUUAAAUUUAUUUUCUUCAAACAAUUUGGAGAUGAACAAUCCACAAUUAAAUUUAUUUUCUUCAAACAAUUUGGAGAUGAACAAUCCACAAUUAAAUUUAUUUUCUUCAAACAAUUUGGAGAUGAACAAUCCACAAUUAAAUUUAUUUUCUUCAAACAAUUUGGAGAUGAACAAGCCACAAUCAAAUUUAUUUUCUUCAAACAAUUUGGAGAUGAAUAACCAACAAUCAAAUUUAUUUUCUUCAAACAAUUUGGAGAUGAACAAGCCACAAUCAAAUUUAUUUUCUUCAAACAAUUUGGAGAUGAAUAACCAACAAUUAAAUUUAUUUUCUUCAAACAAUUUGGAGAUGAACAAGUCAGAGUUGAAUUUAUUUCCAUCAAAUACUCUUGGCUUGAAUAACCCACAAUUAAAUUUAUUUUCAUCAAACAAAUUAGACUUGAACAAGUCAGAGUUGAAUUUAUUUUCGUCAACCAAUUUAGACUUGAACAAGCCACAAUUAAAUUUAUUUUCAUCAAACAAAUUAGACUUGAACAAGUCAGAGUUGAAUUUAUUUUCUUCAACCAAUUUAGACUUGAACAAGCCACAAUUAAAUUUAUUUUCAUCAAACAAAUUAGACAUGAACAAGUCAGAGUUGAAUUUAUUUCCAUCAAAUACUCUUGACUUCAACAAGUCUGAGUUAAAUUUAACUCCAUCUAAUAAAUUUCAGUCUAAUAAUAAACCAUUUGAUUAUUAUGCACAUGACAUAAAAUCCCAAAACAAUUAUACAUAUGAAGAUACCCAAGAGGAUCCAAAUUUACUCACUCCAUCGUUUGGAAAUAUAUGUUAUGAUACAGAAUCUCAGUGUAAAGAUAUAGUAGAUACACAUCAAAAUAAUUCAGAAAUUUGUACUCCAUCAUUUGGAAAUGAAUAUGGAGUAUUAAACUCUGAACAUAAUAAUAAAUUGAACGAGAUACACAACAAUGUGGAAUCUAAGUUUCAGACUGAAGAUAAUAUUCUAUAUAAUACAAAAUCUAAAUCAUUAAAACGAGGAAGAGAUAAUUCAUAUGAUAAAAUAAAAUCUGAUUCAACUUUUUUAAAUGUUGUAGACUUGGAACAUUUACAAAAUGGUGUAUCUAAAAAAGUAGAUUUAGAAUCUGCAACAUAUGAUAAUAUAAUUGAUGAAAAAAAUAAAAUAAAUCAUAUUGAUAAUAAAUUUCAUUCCUUUGAAAAGGAACAAUCAGAAACUUAUGAAAUUAAUUGUGAUUCAAAAAAUUUUAAUGAUAUUGAUGUCAUGGAAUUUAAUAUAUAUAAAGAAGGACAUGAAGAAGCAUUUAAGCUUGCAAAGGUACCUUCUUCUUCUUCUUUAAAAGAACAAGUAGAUGAACAUUUUGAAAAAGAAUCAGCUAUAGUGCAAUUAGAAAAUGUGAUUAGUUACACAAGUGAAGAUGAAAUGAAUACUGUUCAAGAUAUACCAACAAAUAUAAAUAAGGAAGAAGAAAAAGAAAUAAUUGCAUCUACAGAAGUAGAAGUUAAUAAAUCAAAAGAAGAGGAAGAAGUAGUAUUAGAAAUUAUGGCAAGUCCUAUAGAUGAAGUUAAAGAUAUUAAUUCCAUGGAAUCAUCUAAUGAUAUAUUAAAAAAUAAUGUAACGAAUAUAUAUAAUUGUUCCUUAGAUAUACGUAAAAGAAAAAAUACAACUGAGAUACCAUUAGAAGAAUCUUCAUGUGAAAAAGUUGUAAAGAAAGUAUGUAUUGUAAAAGAUGAUAAUAAAGAGGUAAUAAAUAAUAAGAGUAGAAACAUACAAAAGAAAAAAAAUGUGAAGAAAAAUAAAAGGAACAUGAAUAAGAAACGUGUCUUAUUAUAUAAAAUUAAAAUUUCAAACAUUGAAUCAGUAUUAAAUCAAUAUGAUGAUAAUUUAAAAAACAUUAUAAAUAAUAAUAUGGUUCCAGUUAAGGCUGAAGAAUCUACAAAUGAAUCAGAAGUCGUAAAGACUGAAGAUGAAAAUAUAAAUAUAAAUAUAAAUAUAAAUAAGAAUAUUAUGAAUGAUGUUCCAAUUACACAAGAGGAAAUUAAUAUAAAUUCAGAUGUAGUAGAAUCUAAUCUCAUCGAAUCAAAUAAUGAUAAUAAUAAUAAUUAUAUUAAUAAUAAUGAUGAUGUUCUAUCUAACACAAAGGACAAUACAUCAAUGAAUUCAAAUAUUGUAAAAAAUCCAAGUAUGGUAGUUCAUUAUAUUAAUCAAAUUAUAUUUUUUUAUAACAGUAUAAGGUAUAGCAGAUUUAAUUUAUCUAUUGAUUUAAAUAUGAUUAACCUUAAAAAUAAAAAGUCAAAAAUAAAUACAGACAAAUUGAUAAGAAGUAAAUGUAUUCAUAAUAGAUCAAAAGGUUCAAUCAUCAAAAAAUAUAAGAGUAUGAAAAUCAAAAGAAGUGUAAUAAAGAAGAUAUUUAUGAAAAAAAUUAUUCACAAGAGAAUUGAGAAUAAGGAAGAUAAUACUGUGAAGAAUAUGAAAAAAAUUAUAAAAAAGAAAUCAAAUAGUAAUAAUAAUAAAAAAAAAUAUAUGCAUACCACCAAUUUAAUUAUUCAUUAUGUAUUCUCCAAAUUUUAUCGUCGUAAUAUUAUUAAAUUCAAAAAGUUUCUAAGGAAACAUAAGAAGUUAUCUACUACCAAAAAAUCUACUUUAUCAAAUAUACAAGAAGUUAAAGAAGAAGUAAAGGACAGUACAUUAGAAAUACCAACACCUGAAGACAAUUUAAAUGUUAAUAAAAGAAAGGCCACUACUGUUGCUGUUUUAAGUUCUGAAUUUUUAUGCUGCAGGUGUACUAAAAAAAUGUGUACUGGACAUGAUGAUUCAGAAAAUAAUGUAUAUAUAAAGAUAGAUGUGAAAGAAAAAAAAGAUGUCGUUGUAGACGAGGUAAAAGAAAAUGAAGUAGUUGUAGAUGAGGUAAAAGAAAAUGAAGUAGUUAUAGAUGAGGUAAAAGAAAAUGAAGUAGUUGUAGAUGAGGUAAAAGAAAAUGAAGUGGUUGUAGAUGAGGUAAAAGAAAAUGAAGUAGUUGUAGAUGAGGUAAAAGAAAAUGAAGUAGUUAUAGAUGAGGUAAAAGACAAAAAUAUAGUUUCAGAUGAUGUAAAAGACAAAAAUAUAGUUUCAGAUGAUGUAAAAGAAAAAGAUGUAGUUGUAGAUGAUGAUGUAGAAAGUUAUAUUAUAGAUAAAAUAUUAAGAGAAUGUCUUAAAGAGGAUACAAAUAAAGGUGCUGAAGAAUAUAAUUCCAUGCUUAAGUCUAAUAGUAGAAGAAAGAGAAAACGUUUUGUCUUAGAUGAAGAUUUAUAUUCAGGAUAUGAUAGAUAUUUAUACAAAAGAGAUAAAGUGUGUAAGAAUAAAAAAAUUGUUAUUGAUAAUAAUACACCUAAGGAAAAAAAAAAUGAGAAUACUACUAAGUCUACUUUAUAUGGUUAUUUUAUAAAAUUUGUUAAGAAGUUAACAUUCGGCUAUAAUUUAAAUGUGAAUAGGAAUGAGACAUCUACAAAAAAUACAAAUGAAAAUAAUAAUAAUAGUAAUACAGAAACCGAAUCAGGUGGUUGUAUUACACGAUUUAUGAAACGAAUAAUAUUUGGAAAGAAUAGAAAUAAUGAGAAUAUUGCAUGCAAGGAUUUUAAAAAGUUUACUGUAUCUGAACGUAAAAAAAUUAUGCAAGAAGAAAAAGUCAAGGAAAGCAGAAAUAUUUUUAAAUAUUUUUAUAGUCGAAGUGAUCAUAUAGCUAAUUAUUCUGAAGAAAAGAAGGUUAAGAAGGUUGAAAAAAAUAGUAAACAUGAUAAUAAAUAUAAUAAUGAAUAUGUCAGUAGACACCAUAAUAAACAUCAUAAUAAACAUCAUAGUAAUCAUCAUAAUAAACAUCAUAGUAAUCAUCAUAAUAAACAUCAUAGUAAACAUCACAAUAAACAUCAUAAUAAAAAUAAGAAUCAAACUGAACAGAGACCUUCUAUAUUUAAAAAAGUUUAUAAUUUUUUAAAGUCUCUUACAAAAAAGACUGAUACAGAAAGUGUACCAGUAGUAUCAAAUGAAAAUAAUGAUGUUAAUAUAAAAAAUGUUAAUGUAGAUGUUCCUAAUGUUGUACCUAAAUCCAUCAUGAAAUAUCAGAACCCAUCAAAGCCAAAAAGAAGUAAGUCACCCAGGAAGACAUCCGAUAAUUUAAAAAAGAAGAUAGUUACUUUUUGCCCAAAAAUUAAAAGAUGUAGUCAUAGUAAACAGAAGAAGUUGAAGGAAAAAGAAAAUAAUUAA